CCACUUCCUGGAACUUUGAUCAGCUCUGGGCUGCUGGAUCCACACUGACCACAGACCACAGACCACACCGGACACCCUUCUGCUCCCAAGGAAGAGCUAGGGCAGCAGGUCCCCCUGCCCAGCCCCUCACGGAGAUGCUUCCUGGCGCCUGGCUGCCCGGGGCCUGCCUCCUGCUCCUGGCCCGGCUCGCCCGGCCCUGCCCUGCGGGCUGCGACUGCUUCGCCCGGGAGGUGUUCUGCUCCGACGAGGAGCUGGCCGCGGUCCCGCGGGACAUCCCGCCCGGCGCCACCGACAUCGUCUUCGUGGAGACGGCGUUCACCGCGGUGGGCGCCAGGGCCUUCGGCGGCAGCCCCAACCUCACCAAGGUGGUCUUCCUCAACACCCAGCUCUCCCGCCUGGAGCCCGAUGCCUUCGGGGGGCUGCCCGGGCUCCGGGACCUGGAGGUCACCGGCAGCGCCUUUUCCAGCCUCAGCGCUGACAUCUUCUCCCACCUGGCCUCGCUGGGCAAGCUCACCCUCAACUUCAACAGGCUGGAGGCGCUGCCGGAGGACCUCUUCCGCCACGUGGACGCCCUGCAGUCCCUCCAGCUGCAGGGCAACCUGCUGCCGACGCUGCCCGCCAGGCUCUUCCAGCCACUGGCGCGCCUGGAGACCCUCAACCUGGCCCAGAACCAGCUGGCCCAGCUGCCCGACGAGCUGUUUGCGCCCCUGGGCAGCCUGCAGACGCUGCAGCUGAGCAACAACGCGCUCUCCCGCCUGCCCCCGCGCCUGUUCGCGGGCCUGGGCCGCCUGCGGGAGCUCUUCCUGGACGGCAACGGCAUCUCGGAGCUGCCCCCGGCCGUGUUCUCGCAGCUCUUCCGCCUGGAGAAGCUGUGGCUGCAGCGCAACGCCCUGGGCCACCUGCCGCCCUCCGUCUUCUCCUCGCUGGGCAGCCUGACCUUCCUGAACCUGCAGGGGAACGCGCUGCGGGUGCUGCCCGCGGGCCUCUUCGCCCACAGCCCGGGCCUAUCCGGCCUGUCCCUGUCCCACAACCAGCUGGAGACCGUCUCCGAGGGAGCCUUCUCCGGGCUGUCCAACCUCAGCUCGCUGACGCUGUCUCACAACGCCAUCGCCCGCCUCCCCGCCGGCGUCUUCAGGGGCCUGACCGAGCUGGUCAAGCUCAACCUGGGCAGCAACAACCUGACAGCGCUGCACGCAGACCUCUUCCAGAACCUGACCAAGCUCGAGCUGCUCAGCCUCUCCAGGAACCUGCUGGCCACGCUGCCCCCGGGCAUCUUCGACACCAACUACAACCUCUUCAACCUGGCCCUGCACGGCAACCCCUGGCAGUGCGACUGCCACCUGGCCUACCUCUCCAGGUGGCUGCGCCAGUACAGCGACAGGCUCUUCAACAUCCAGACCUACUGUGCGGGCCCCGCCUACCUGAAGGGCCAGGUGGUGCCCGCCUUGAAGGAGGAGCAGCUGGUGUGCCCGGUCACCCGAGACCGCGUGGGCUACCAGGCCCCGGGGCCGGAGGACAGGGAGCCCGGGGACAGCUGGGAUCUGGUUGCGGAGGACCGGGCAGCCCGGAAACGGUGCACCUACAGCAACCCCGAAGGCACCGUGGUGCUGGCGUGUGACGAUGCCCAGUGUCGCUGGCUGAACGUCCAGCUGUCGCCCAGGCAGGGCUCAGGCUCCCCGGGAAUGACGUUCAACGCAGCUCAGGGAUGGGAACUGAAGUCGAGCUGCGGCUCUGUGAGGGUCACUGUGUCUAUUGAGGCUCGGACAGGGGACCCCUAGGUGCAGGGUAGACAGAGCUCGGGGCCUCGUGACCUCUGGGGCCUGACCAAGCAAGAGGUGGGGGCACAGGGGGAGCUGGAGCUGGGUUUUCAGAUGCAAAGGAGGGAGGUCCUUGGCCAAGGUGGAGGAGGCCACGCCCACCCUGAGUCUCCUCCUCCUCCUCCUCCAUCUUCCGCUCUGAGUCUGAGACCUGAACUUCCUUAAGCUUUGCAAAGCAGCCAUUAAAGCUGCAUCAUGGCCUGGAGAAUAAAAUACGGCCACUCCCCUGGUGUUUUUCUAUUAUGUCUAUU